GAAAAACAAAACUGUUUCCUUGUUGUUUUUGUUGCCUGUGUUUGCCAGUCGAUUUGCGUAAAUUGUGUUUGUUUUUAGUGGGCUAAAAAUAGAGAUCAGAUGCCGCAAAAUAUUCAAAAAGCAUUCGAAACAAUAUUUUUGAUCUUCAGGUGUGCGCUCAUUUUCAGUCGUCAGUGAGACGGGCCCCCAGGCGAAGCAAUGGCCAGUUCCUCCGCAUCCAAAUCCGCCAUCUCAGCGAAAUCGAGAAGCGGAAAGAAUGCGGCUCCGCAAAUCAAAAGGGGUCAGCGGAUCCUCACGGAGAAGCCCUUUGCCUUUGUCCUGAAGUCGCAGUAUCGCCUGGAGCGCUGCGACAAUUGCCUGGAGGCAACCAAGGUGCUCAAGUGCUCCAACUGCCGGUACGUGUCCUACUGCCAUCGCUCCUGCCAGAUGCAGGCGUGGGCCCAGCACAAGCACGAGUGCCCCUUCCUGAAGAAAGUGCAUCCGCGGAUCGUUCCGGAUGCGGCCAGGAUGCUCUGCCGCCUGAUCCUGCGCCUGGAGCACGGCGGCGAUCUCAUCCGGGGCUACUACGCCGAGCACGGCUCCCGCAAGUUCCGCGACCUCAUGUCCCACUAUGCCGAAAUCAAGAACGAUCCCAGGCGACUGGAGCACCUGGACUCGCUGCACGCCGUGCUCAGCGACAUGAUGGCCGAGAGUCCCAGCACGGUGCCGAACAAGACGGAACUGAUGAGCAUUUACGGUCGUCUCAUCACCAAUGGCUUCAAUAUCCUAGACGCCGAGAUGAACUCGAUUGCCACGGCCAUUUACCUGGGCGUCUCGAUCACGGACCACAGCUGCCAGCCGAAUGCGGUGGCCACCUUCGAGGGCAACGAGCUGCACGUGCACGCGAUCGAGGAUAUGGAGUGUUUGGACUGGUCCAAGGUCUUCAUCAGCUACAUCGAUCUGCUGAAUACGCCGGAGCAGCGGCGUCUGGACCUCAAGGAGCACUACUAUUUCCUCUGCGUCUGCAGCAAGUGCACGGACGCCAAGGAGUCCAAGGAGAUGCUGGCCGCCCUGUGUCCCAAUCGCAAUUGUGGCGCCGGGAUCAGUGUGGAGCGAACGAAUUGCCCGCGUUGCGAUGCCGGGAUCAGUCCCAAGCUGAGGAACGCGUUCAACGAGGCGAUGACCCUCACGCGGCACAAUCUGGAGCACAUGAAGGACGUGGCCUAUCUGGAUGUUUGUAAGGUGUGCCUGGAUAAGCAGACCGGCGUCUUUCAUCCUUUGAACGUUUGGUAUGUAAAGACUUUGGACUCGGCCUUUGAAGCCGCCAUCGAAGUGGGCAAGUGGGCCGAUGCUUUGGACUAUGGACAACGCCUGUUGCCGGGCUUCCGGAAAUACCACGGCCCCUGGAAUCCGCUGCUCGGCCUGCUGCACAUGAAGCUCGGCAAGAUCCAGCUGUACGAGAACCACGCCAAGGAGGCCCUGCACCAUUUGGAGGAGGCCCAGCGCAUCCUGACCGUCACCCAUGGCCGAGAUCACCGACUGCUCACCGAGCAGCUGUACGUUCUUAUUCUUCAGGCCAGACACGAGGCGCACUAGCAUUGUUAUUAUUACUUUAAAUAAAGCUUAAGAUAGAGA